UAGGAGUUGACACCUCGAGAUUCCUCGUCUGAAGCCCAUAUUGCACUUGCAUUUCGGUGUUAAAUGAUGAGUUGUGGUGGAGUUUCAGUGGAGAAUGCUGAUGAUUGGCCUUUAUAUUCUGUCGUUACUUAUGUCUUAGACUGUCGUCAUUGGGUACACGAGUUCACUUCUCGUUAUCUAGUUGCAGCAGCAGUCGAGGUGCUCAUAGCUGGUGCUCAAAAUCUCCCUGCAGGUCUCGGCGAUUCGUUUACCCUUGCGCACUGUUUAGGAAGGUCAUAGCCUCACAUUUGGGAACAUGCAGCGACUAUCUGGAGUACGACUUUCUCCAACGCAAUAAGAUGCAACAGCACCUGCCCCGGACCACUUCUCAGCUGGUCUAGGUUGCUUCCCAUCAGGCCUGUCCAGUUCUCCAAGCUGGUGGAGGAGUUGGUAAUGAUUUGAAUUGCAAUGGAUAGAAAGAAAGCGUUCAUUUUAUUGUGUCUGCAGCUCCUGUUAUGGUGGACGACAACGGCGCGAAGCACCCCAUCAGGACCUAUAAAAACGAUCGUGUUACUGGUUAUGGAGAACCGCUCAUUUGAUCAUUUCAUGGGUCUCAUGAAGAAGACGAACCCCUCGAUCGAUGGGCUCACUGGGAUGGAAGAUAACCCCACAAAUCCAGGCGAUCCAGGAGCUGCUAGAAUUAGAGUCUCGGACAUGGCUGAGUUGGUGGACCCUGACCCAGGGCACGAAUUCGAGCAAGUUGCGGAGCAAAUUUACGGAUCCAUGGAAAGGGUGAGUCUAACGACGCCAACCAUGGACGGGUUCGUGGCACAAGCUGAGUCCGUAAUGCCAGGUCUGUCGAAACGGGUGAUGAGUGCUUUCCGACCCGAAGUCGUGCCCGUGACGACCGCAUUGGCCAUGAACUUCGCCAUAUUCGACCGAUGGUUCUCGUCCGUGCCGAGUUCCACACAGCCCAAUAGGUUCUUCGUCCACUCGACUACCUCAAACGGUCUUUUAUCCAAUGAUAAGGGCACUCUUCUGAAGGGGAUGCCGCAGCGGACUAUUUACGAGGAUGUUUACGAAGCGGGCCUAUCCUUUGGCGUGUAUUACCAGCAGAUACCCGCCAUGUUAUUCUUCCGCAACAUGAGAGCUUUGAAGUAUGUGCAAAACUUCAACCCGUAUGAUCGAUUCAAAACCGACGCCAUGUCCGGGCGACUACCCAACCUUGUGGUAAUUGAGCAGCGCUACUACGACGUCGCUGACACACCCGCGAACGACGACCAUCCAACGCACGACAUCUCCCAAGGCCAGAAGCUUAUCAAAGAAGUGUACGAGAUUCUGAGGGCUGGUCCGCAAUGGAAUGAAACGUUGUUUCUGAUCACAUAUGACGAGCAUGGUGGAUUCUACGACCACGUCCCACCACCUGCCGUCGGCGUGCCGAGCCCAGAUGGCGUCAGAGGCCCCGCGCCCCAUUACUUCAACUUCGACAGGCUGGGAGUGCGCGUACCGACGAUUGCCAUUUCCCCGUGGAUCGAGAAAGGCAAAGUGGAACACCGAGCUCAAGGCCCGAUGCCGUCGUCAGAGUAUGAGCAUUCCUCCAUUGCUGCCACUAUCAGGAAACUCUUUAAUCUCCCGCAACCUCCCUUGACAGCACGGGAGGCGUGGGCAGGAAACUUUGCGCACCUCAUCUCUCGCACAACACCUCGCACCGACACCCCAGUGGAGCUGCCAAGUCCGCCAUGGUCACUGAGACACUCUCCUACAGUAGAAUCAAGGCCAUUGUCCGAGUUCCAAGAGGAGCUAGUGGUGCUGGCGAAAUCGUUGAGGCGAAAGUUAGGAGACUGGGCGACAUCCGAGGCAUCAUCGAAGGCUGAGGAGGAGGCAAAUCCGUCGGGGAUGAGCGUCGGAGAGGCCAAUUUCUACGUCCGCGACGCUGUCGGUAGCUUCAUGCGCCGGGCACGCAGCCAACUGACCGCAGGCAGGCAUCCGGACUCCGAAGCUGCCCCUUGAGCCCAUGCCUCUCGGCCUGGUAUUAGGCUUGGGGAGCACUAUUGUAUCAUUCAUGCUUUGUGUCAUGAGAUCUUUCUCUUUAUUAUUAUUUUGUUUUACAAUUUUGCACUUAACUGUAAAGUUAUGAUUAUUCUAAGGUGGGAUUUCGAAGAUUGUCAAUGUUCUUUCUGGAA